AUGUUACACGGCAAGAACAUUCACAGUCUUUUACAGGAAACUUUGCGGCCUGUGCAUACGUUAACUUCUGAUCAUGAGGCAUUAUACUCCUCUAUAAUAGUUUCAGGAAUCAAUGGCAGUAUUAUAUCGUACGCCAAUUCUGAAGUUACACCUGCGACGUACAAUAAAUCCAGCAAUAACCUUAAAAUGAUGGCACUACUUAUACGUGACAAGUGGAACGAAGACCAACUGGACUCAGGCGCUCAGACAACUUCGAGUUGUUACCGGUGUGAGUUGGCCGAAGGCAUGGAAUCCACGUACAUCUACACAUACGAGCUCGAAGACUUACACGCCUGUGUUGCACAAAUACCUAGAAGCGACCUAUUACUGCUGUUCAUAGCUAGUGAUCAAUAUCCUUUCGGGCUCGAGGUUCUCAAGCUGAAAUCCGCUAUUAACGCAUUUUCAAGCAUGUACGGGUACAAGCUAAACUGA